AUGGAUAAUGAAUUAAGAGAUAUAUCCACCAGCCUAAAACUUCAACUGGGUUAUGGGAUUGGGCACAUUUUAAACGAUGUUUGUGCCAGUUUGUGGUUUACUUAUUUUUUAGUGUUUUUUCAUCUUGUACUUGAAUUUACGGCUUCACAGGCCGGUCAGUUAAUGUUAAUAGGACAAAUUGUUGACGCUUUGUCUACACCAUUUGUUGGUUACCAUUCUGAUCAUACUAACAAUUUUUUAUCUGCUAAAUAUGGUAGAAGAAAACUUUGGCAUUUAUUUGGUACACUAUGUGUGAUUUCAUCAUUUCCAUUCAUUUUUACUGAAUGUAUUGGUUGCGCUAUGGCUCACAAAUGGGCACAGAUGUUCUAUUUUGCUGCAUUCAUCAUAAUUUUUCAAAUUGGUUGGGCCGCUGUACAAAUAUCACAUCUUAGCCUAAUUCCUGAACUUGCAGAAGAUCCCUAUGUUAGAACUCAUCUAACAGCAAUAAGAUAUGGGUUCACAGUGUUCUCAAAUAUAUUUGUAUAUAUUAUAACAUGGUUAAUAUUACAUUUAACUGGGAAGUGUGAUAAAGAGCAAGUUGGACCAGCGGAUGCAUGGAAGUUCAGAGAAGUAAUGCUAAUUGUGCUGGCAGUUGGUUUAUUGGCAUCCAUCAUAUUUCAUCUUGCUGUUACAGAGAAGCAACCUAGAAGCCAGUUAUAUGCAGAUGAUGAUAGCUCCACUUUCCAUUGUGAUAUACUCCGAAAGAUUUUAUUGUACCAUGUUGCAUUAAUUUACAUGAGUACAAGAUUGGUGGUCAAUAUAUCCCAAGUUCUCAUACCACUAUACCUUCAUCAGACUCUUGGACUGGCGGCUCGAGCCUUGGCCGUAGUUCCUCUAGCUUCGUAUUUAGGAAGCCUAGCAGCGGCUGGCCUACAAAGACUAAGUCCUAGGUCGUUCACCCAUAAAUUUAGCUAUACAUUGGGUUCAGCAUCUGCAUUGAGUGGCUUUGUGUGGGUUUACUUUGGUUCCGAUUAUGAUUAUAAAGUGAUGUUUAUAUACAUUGUGGCCGUAUUAAUAGGUUUUGGUGGUGCUCAAAUGUUAGUCACGAGUUUGUCGCUAACAGCUGACCUUGUUGGUGAUAGCACUCAUGCAUCAGCAUUUGUGUAUGGGCUUAUGAGUUUUACUGAUAAAUUGUCCUGCGGUGCAGCCAUAGCUAUAAUACAAAUGUAUGCAGACGGUGCUGAAUCGUCGUACUAUCGUGAUGCGUUGUCGUGGGUCUGCGGCUGUGCGACUGUCUUAGGACUAUGCUUGACUCUCGCAUUACCUUCAACCACACAUAACUCAUUAGUUACUAUUAGCAAUCCAACCGUAAAUGAUGACGAGGAACGAAUUGUUACACCGAUACCGACUUUAUGA